AUGCCUACCGCAUUCUCCAUGACAAGGAUUGCGAACAUUAGAAACCCCCAUCAGAAAUCCCGGCGCUUCCGAUGGCGCUGGAUUUUGAAUGUCAAGAGCAUGUUCUCAAUGAGACUGUUGCCAAAUGGAGAUGGACACUACGGCACCAGUCUGGUGGUCAUUUUUGCCAUCGGCAAGCUAUCCCAAGCAAGGCAGAAUGCUAGACGCCUUCCCUUGCCACCCGGCCCAAAAGGUCUCCCUCUUGUGGGAAAUCUACGGGAUAUACCUCCUCAAAACACAUUCGCGCCUUACCAUUGGGCCAAACACAAAGACUUGUACGGUCCCAUCAGCUCCCUCAGCAUACUAGGCGACACAAUCAUCAUCAUCAACGACGCUCAGAUUGCGUUCGACCUCUUUGAAAAGCAGUCUCUGAAGUUUUCCGAUCGACCGUUACUGGAAUUUACAACAGUCGUCGGAUACGUGCAAUCCACCGGGGCGCUGCAAUACAACGAGACACUGCGCGCCCAUCGCAAACAGUUCUCACGAGCUAGAGCACACAGCAGCCAAUUCGACAAGCUGCAAGAGUCCGAAGUAGCCCACUUUCUCCUCCACUUGUUGGAUGACCCGGAGAACUUGGAGAGCCACAUAACAAAGGAGGUUGGUUCCGUUAUCCUCCAUAUUGUCUACGGCUACAGCGCCGAAAAUUUCAAGGAGGAUCCUCUUCUCUCUGUGAUAAAUAGAGUGAUGGACCAGUUUGCCCGGUCAGCUAUGCCUGGAGCCCAUCUGAUUGACAUUUUCCCCAUUCUACGAUGUGUGCCAUCGUGGUUUCCGGGAACAGGUUGGAAGAAAGAGGUAGAGACAUACACCAAAGACCUUAACGAAUCAGUUGAGAGGCCCUAUGCCUUUGUCGAGCACCAAAUUGCGCAGGGCAACAACAACGAGUCCUUUCUCUCGCGUCUGAUGAACCAUGGAAAAGAUACAAGCGAGGAUAAGCAUACUAACAAAUGGGUUGCCGCCUCCAUGUAUCAAGGUGGAUCGGAUACUGAGAGUCCAAAACAUAUAUAUACUGUCGCAGCCAUCUCCGGCUUCUAUCUGGCUAUGACACUCUAUCCGGAUGUCCAGAAAAGAGCACAAGAGGAGAUCGACCGAGUAGUGGGCAGCGAGAGGUUGCCUACUAUGGAUGACCGCAAUAGUUUACCAUAUAUUGAUGCUCUUGUGAAAGAGAUUAUCCGAUGGUGGCCAAUUGGUCCCAUGGGUCUUCCCCACGAGAACACAGAAGAAGUGGCUUAUCGGGGUUACCGCAUCCCCAAAAAGUCAAUCCUGAUGCCUAACAUCUGGUGGUUUACUCACGAUCCUGCCGUCUACAAGAAUCCCAUGUAG